AACAGCAGCAAGCCUAAAGAAAAAGAUAAGGACUCGGACAAAUCCAGUCCAAGCAAAACUACUUCGGCAUCAAGUCCGAAAACAUCCUUGAAAAAUGUUUCGGAAAUCAUCGGAGGGAAAAGAAAAGGAAAAAGAGAAAGGAAGCAGCGUGUCCUUGAACAGGUCAAACUCGUGCCCCAGUCCGAAGUCCACUCUCCGUCACGUGUCUUUGAAUAGCCGUGACAAGGACAGAAACGGCGGAAGCACGCGGACACCUUCCAGUCCGAUCGGAAAAAGCUCACUGAGGCAUGUGACGAUCGGCAAAGACAGGGACUCUCACGACAAGAGCGUGUCCCCAAAGUCCAGUCCGAGUCCAAAGUCAAACGUCAGACCGACGUUUCCAAAAUCGACCGAGAAGGAUUCAGCGAAGGAUUCUAAGCCACCACUACCUACAACUCAUUCGACAGUGCAAACGGAAUUCGACGACAAAGAAGAAAUUGAGAAACUACGCAAGGAGAUAACAAAGGUCGAAGAACGCUGUAAGAAACUGGAGGAGGAAAAGAAAUCUCUUGAGAAAGAUAAAGGUCAGGCAGACGAUUACAAAAAAGCUAUUGAGGACGUCAAGGUCCAGCUAAAAAACAUGGAGAGCAAAUGUUCGAAGCUGGAGUCUGAAAACAAAACGCUUUCCGCCAGUUUGAAAGACCAGGCGAACAAAAACAAAGCUACAAGCGACAAAAAGGACGAAUCAGAAAACAUGACGAACGUUCUCAAGGCAACGGAACAGACGUGUGAGAGUCUGCGAGAGGAAAAUGAACGAUUACAACAGGAAAUUAGGGAGAUGAAACAAGAGAUGGACGAAAUGUACGAUCAGUUCAGAGAAAGUGAAGCCGAGGAGUACAGAGAUUUGCACAAAGAACUGGAGCUUACUGCCAAAAACUGCCGCAUACUGCAGUUCAAACUGCGCAAAACCGAGCGUCGGAAUGACCAGGUGGAAGCUGACAGGCAGCAUUACGAGGACAAAAUCCGCACGUUACAGAGUCAGUUCGAAGACAACGACGCUAAACAGCACAUCCAGACACUGGAGGAAGAGCUCAAGGUGGCGAAAGAGGUGUCUGUCCGUCUGCACGACGAGCUGGACAUUCUGGAAGACCGACGCGGUCGAUUGGAAGAAGAGAACACGAAACUACAGGAGAUGCUUACGAAGCAAGACAAGAAGGAGUUUCGGAUGGAGAUGGAAAUUGAUAAACUGACGGAUAGGCUGGACGAAAUGCAGCAGCAGUUGAUCAAAGCGAAGCGCCAGUUGGAAGACAGGGACCCCGACGAUAUGGAGAGAACGCAAAAGCGUCCAGUCCUCCAGACUCAAGUCAGCACAGAGUACGAAGUCUCGCAGAUCCUUCGAGAUCUCUACGAUAGUAUCGAGAGAGAAAAUGAUCUUAAGGAUCAACUCCUUUUCACCGAAGAGGAAAUCAAACUCACCAGAAAGAAACUCAAAGAAAUGGAGGACGAGAAUGAAAACUUAAACUUUCAGCUGAAGAAAAUGUCGUCCACAAAAACACUUAUGACUGUAAGAAAAGUGGACGAUAAGGGACGCUCGACGGACGUGGAUGUUUCCGCGUCUGAGUGUGAAAUGCAGCUGAAAUUAGAGUUAGAUUUGAGCGAACAGGAAAAUGCCGUGUUGAGGAGGAAACUUCUGGAUAUGGAACAAGAGAAUGAGAACUAUUUGGAAGAAAUUGGCACGUUAGCCAAACGAAUUAGCGAUAAGGAGAAGGCCGGAUCGGCUGUACCGCCUCCGUCUUCCCCAAACGCGUACUACGAAGACAAGCUGAAAGAAAUGUUGGCCGAGUCAGACGAUCUAAGAUGGAAACUCAUCGAGAAGGAACGGGAAAUUGAGAGACUAGGCGCGGAGGUGAUAAGUUGCCAGUCCCGCUCGCAGAUAAAACUCAAGAAGAGCAAGUCCCUUGACAGCGACUUCCAAAUUCUUGACCUCAAAAGACAACUCGACCUAAUUACUCAGGAAUCGGAUGGUUUGCGCCUGCGCGUGAAGACUCUGGAAGGGGAAAACGCAAAGCUCGCAGACGACAACAAGCGACUGAAGCUGCAGAGCACGCGCCAGAUCCCCUCUAUACACGCGGACGACGCGGCCGUGGAGAACAUCGAGUUGAGGGACAAAGUGAAGAAGUUAGAGGAGGAGAAGAAAUCUUUGAAAGACAAACUUCGCACUGUGACGGAAAAUAUACAUUCUUUGACGAAGGAUGUUUCCAGAGGUCGCCAAAUUUCGGGAGCAGCUGAUCAAGAAUCGCCGGUCGGGCAGUUCAGCAGUCAGCUAUCUCGUGAAACAGAAGAGGAACUUCGACUCGUAGAAGAGGAAGCCGGCGUGCUGAGACGAAAAAUGGCCGAGUUGGAAACUGUGAAUUCUAAACUCACCAGAGAAAUUGAGAAGUUGAAAAUGAAAGAUGAGAGGGCGUCUGAGAAAACAUCCAAAGGUGACGACGAUCCUGUAGCUAAAGACACGGAUACGGACGAUGGGAAAACUGUCGUGGAACUACGGGAGAAGAUAUCAGACAUGAAGGAGGAAAUCAACGACCUCUUGUUGAUAAUACAGAGGAAAGAAGACUUUAACAAACAGAUGGACCAGGAAAUAAUGACCCUGAAAAAAUCUCAUGUGGAUCUAAAGGACGAAUUCCGGAAGACAGAAAUGGAGCUUCUCCAAGAGCUGGAGAUGGCCCAACAAAAGAGUGACGUUCUCAGUAACUUACUGGAUCUUGUUUCGGAGCGAGCCGACGCCACGGAGAAGGAGCUAGAGCGCGUUAUUAACGAGUCCACACCUUGUCCUUCCUCUCGCAGCGCCAGCGCAAUUAGUGCUCUGAGUGACGUCAGUACUGGUAGUGACGAUGUUUUCAAUGUGCCGCCCAGCCCACCCGGAGAUAAAACAGUGAUUGCAAAAGACUGGGAGAAUCAAUUUAAAAAACGGAUCGAAUGUUUGGAGCGCCUCCUAGCGGAAGAAAGACACAAAGUAGCAGCCGCAGAAAAGAAGUUGGCUCUAGUAUCAGAUGAAAACUUGUCGUCCGCCAUGUCUGACGACGUGAAACUGAGGAUACGGGAGAAAGAAAUAAUGCAAGGCGAGUUGGUUGAAAAUCAAAGGCACCUUGUGAUAGCCAACGAUCAAAUCCGGGGUUUGCGGGAACGUUUACAGGCGGCCGAGGAGAGUCAUCACAAGAUCAAGAUGGACUAUGAAGCUCUCGUACGGGAGCUUGACAGACGUGAGGCUCUGGAGGAGCAGAUCUCAAUGGAACAGGGUAACCCUUUAGGCGUAUCCACGUUACAGGGCCUGCACGAGGAACUCCGCCGUUACAAGGAUAUUGCCGAGAAGAUGGAACAGAGCGGCGAAACAGAACUGGAGGCCCAGACCGAAAUCGAUAAUUUAAAGGCUGAAGUGGCAAAGUACAAACUGAAAUCAGAAGAAUUAGAGUACAAAGUGGAUGAGAUUAAUGAAAUCUGGGUAUCGAAAAGUGCGGCGUCUGAGAAGGAAAAGUCCAACCUGGAAAUCAAACUACAGACGUUGAAACAGGAGCUGGAUCAAACUAAAGAGGCCCAAACUCGACUACAGAACGAAGUGAAGCAAAAAGAAAGUCUUCUUAAAACCAGUGAUGAGCUGUUGCGAGAGAAAGACGGUCUCAUAAACAAGAGAGAUGAGAUCAUACAACAACAAGAAGACAUCAUCAAAAACAGGGACGGCGAUUUCCAAACCAUGCUAGACCAGAUCUCGCAACGUGAAGAGAUCGUGCGAGAUCUGCGCGAUGCUUUGAGCAUUCGUGACGAAAGGCUUAGAGAAAAGGAUGAUAUCAUUCAAAGAAUUAACGUUAAACUGGAAGGGAUUACCAAGGAAACAAUGGAUAAAUUAAAGACUAAGGAAGCGGAAAUGAAGAAGCUAAGGGGUGAACUCUUCGAUGCCACGGGUCCCAUACCGGAUGUUGCUAAAGAAAAUGGAGCUCUGAGUCUCCACAUAGACGAUUUGCAUAAAACGAUAGCACAGUUGAAGACAGAAACAGAAGUUCUGAACAGUGAUCUGGCAAAGUUAAGAAAAGAGCUUAACAACAAAGAACAUGCUUGGCAAUUGGAAAAAUCAAAUUUGAUAACAGAAAUGAAAACGUACAAGGAGAAGUAUAAUCUUUUAGAAUCAAUGAAAAAGACUCCCGGAAGUGACUUGUUGAAAAAACUGUCAGAUGACAACACAAAACUGAUCGAGGAAAAAGAAACUUUGUUGGGAGAAGUUCGUAAACUUCAAUUUGAACUUGACAACACAAUAAAACUUACUGAAAAUGAAAAAGACGAAUUAAACCAGAAAUUAACAGACAGGAACAAAACUAUCGAGGAGAAUUUGCUCUUCGCAGAGAGGGUUCAAAACGAGGCUGCCAGAUUGAGAACGCAGGCCGAACUGGCUUACCGCCUACAACAAGAAGAAAAGAUCCUUCGUGCUGAACUGCUGGCCAUGAAGGUCCGGUAUGAAACUAGGCUCGAGAAGAUCCAGAGAGAAUACAACAAACUUCAGGCCUCUGCAGAAAAGAUUCAACGCGAGCGGGACUUGGACAAAGACAUCAUCAAGGGGAUUCAGCGAGGGAUGGGCGAGCUGAGGGCUAAAUACACACAGGAUGUGGCUGGGUGGCAGAAAGAGAAACUUCAGAUGGAAAGAAAGAUCAAAGAGAUCGAAGACAGUCGGAAGAUGGUGAACGAAAUGAAGAAACUUGCAGAAGAACUGAAGAAAAAGGUGGGAGAGCAGGACAAGGUACGAGCCAACGUCGUGAACACGUGGAACAUGGAGAAGACUGCCUGGGAGAUCGAGAAGUCGAAUAUGCAGAGCAGGAUCAACCAGCUGGAAGAAAAACUGUCAGCUUACAGCAAAGCUCAAACCAGGACCAGAGACGUGCAGUCGAAGCUGGAAGUCACGUGGGAGAAAGAACGUGCCGAGCAGAAGAGGCUUCUAACAGAAGCUCACAACAUCGCUCUCGAUUUGCAACAACAACUCAAAUCACGUGAUCAAGCGAGCGCCAAUGAGCUGAAGGAGCUGGAAAUGCGCUUUGAAGAGGAACGCUUAAAAUGGGAAGCCGAGAAACAAGCAUCAGAGAAGAAAAUUCAGGAGCUUGAAGGCUAUACCAAGCGCAUAUCGGACCUUCAGCGGCAGUUCCAGGAAGUGAAGGAUCGAGAUACCAGCGAGAAAGAGGCUUGGCAGAGAGAGAAAUGUGAUCUGGUGAGAAGGCUGACAGAAGCCAGGCAGUUCCAGGUUCGACAGAACAGAAAGAUCGACGAUAUACUGCACACGCUGAAGCGCCUGCGUGAGCUCGCCACCCUGGUGCAGGAUGUGGAGACGGCUGAGGACUUGGUCAGGAGAAGUCCCGAGGGGAUGGCGGACGGUAUACCGGAUCAUCAGCAACUACAGAAAACCUUAGAUCAGGCCGUUCUGAAGUACAUGAGAGAUUCCAUGCACCAGUUAAACGCCAUCAUGAACGAUUUGGACACAUACUUGGAGUACGUCAGGGAUGAAUUACCCUAUAUGAAAAGGAGCUUGUCCUCCUCACAGGUGGAUUCAAAGGAUGUUGAGGAUGACGACAACCAGGGGAAAGACGAGGCUCAGAAAGGUGAGCGGCUUGGAAGAAAGCAGCUCUCACAACAACAGCAGCAACAACAACAACAACAACUCAAAGUGAGCCAGCCACCACGUUCAGCUGAUAGCAGUCCCACCCGUUACGAAAGGAGCCAGACAAUCAGUACUGCUCUUCAAAGCACACCGACACAACCAACCCCCAAGGGGCAGUGGGUAAAUACUUCCGGGUCACCAAGACCGCCGUCGUACGCUUCCGGUUCACGCAGUGCCCAGUCGUCGCGCUCAGCCUCUCCGGACAAACACCAUAGUCGGACCUCGUUUUCGCCUGUACGGAAAAUCACGAACUAUCCCGAUCCACCACCGAGUUUCUUGAUUUCCCCUCCACACCAGGGGCAGUCCCAUCAGCCAGUGGACUCGCAGUCUUCCACGGACAUGACCGAGGUGUUCAGUAGGCUGGCGAGGCCGCAACAGCUAACAAAAAGCAUAUCUAUGGAUUCGGCACCUUUGACAUCUUUCACAUCCGGAUAUUCUGGACCCGCUCCCUCCAGUCACACCGCCGGGCCAGGUGCUCGGGCGGAAAACUCCAGGGGCAUGGUGUGCUCAUUAGCGCCUGGUACUACAGGCAGUUUGGACAGAUUAUCACCGAGAACUGCACGGAAGAAAUUCUUCGCUGAUGACACGAGCUCCACGACAUCUACUAGCGAUGGCUUUUCUCAUUGGUCUGACCGAAGAGUUCCACCGCAAGCCCUUUUCACGGACCACGGCAAGAUAAGUCAGACGACGAACACCGAGGCAGCGAUUCCAGCUGGCUACUCAUCACUGCCUGACAGGCGCGGGCAGGCAUUCACUCAGCAGACCCACGAUGCGGACAUGUUUCCUUUCGGCUCGGACUCUGAUCCUGACACUGUUCCCGCCAUGGAUCCUCACCAACUCGAAAUGCUGUAUUACCCGGCUCACGGCAUCGUGGCUAGGAGUCUACCGCCCCUAGAGACACCUCAGAAACCACCAAUGACGUGGGACGAAAAAGUGAACAUUGUGGACAACACGGGGUUAGACGUGCAAGAAAAAAGCAAAACAAUAGGUGCUCCAUCGUCUCAGUUCCUUUCCUUUCAUCCAUCCCAGCCCAAAUCUGCUACGCUGGGCUCAAUGGGUGUGAAAGAGAAAAGAAAACUUUUUCGUAAAUCGAGCAGUUUGGAUAGUACCUCGGUUUCGGCAUCCCUGGGAAAAGUCGGAAUGCAGAUGUUGCCUACUGCCGUUCCCAGUGGGUUCUCCCCUUCGGAUCUUUUAGCUGCGGUGAAGAGGAAAUUCAGACCCACGAUGAAAAAGGCUCUUCCCGCCAAUGAAGAACAAGCAACAACAACAUCGUCAUCAUCAACAACAACAGCAACAGCACCUUCUAUUCCCAUCAGCAAAUCCGCAGACAACAUGGCGGACAUUUCUGGUCAGGUGACCCGAGCACCAGACGCUUUCCGCUCGAUGGACAUCUCUCCAGCGUUAACCCCGUCCCCCACAUCUCCUGAUCCAUUCCAGUUCUCUCAGCUUCCACCGGGCCUACCCUCACUCAGCAGAACGGACAGCCACAAAGCCGCAAUGGAAGAGUCCCCUGGUGUCCCCAAGCUAACUCAACUAUUCCCGAAACCUCCUACGCCACCGUAUCGAAGACCUCCACGACGCUGGAGGUCCAAGUCGGCAGACAGGGCAGACAAACAGGAGCGCAAACAACAGGGACCAAAGCCCAUAAUCCUCCACGCUGAUGUCAUAACACCGAUUCGUGUCUGGAAGUUUAAUGAGACGUCUGUGUAGACUGGAACAUGGUGCACUUAGAGGAAGACUUAUCAACCGUUACGUGCAAAUAACUAAAAACUAGGUAUUACGUCACAAUUGACCUUUCCAAACUGUCAUUCAAGAAGACGCAUUUAGCCAAUCAUAAUCAAAUUGUUGCAAGUUGUCGCGAGAAGGGGUGGUGGGACAUCGGAUAUGGUGGAUCCAGCCAUAGUAGCCAGGCGCUCAUAACGUUUAAAACUCUUCAUACAAGCGGACCCUGGGUCUUUGUAACUUUGUCUAGGCCUGCAGUAUGAACAGAGAAGAAUCGUCUGUACAGACUUCCAUGGUGUGUUUAUAUCAUUCUAUGCAUGUGCGAUAUGUCCAAAUAAUGCCGAAGAGCUAUCGUAUUUCUCAUGCAACAUUUCGUUAUAUGUAUAUACAAUUCCGGCUGGUGCAAUUAACGAAGACAUCGAACUGACCUUAAAACAGAUAUAAUUAUGAAAGCUUUUCACUGAUAUCCUCUGCGGGAUUUGCACUCGGGUUUCCUGGUCCGAAAUCCUGCAAUCUACACCAACUGAGCUAAACGGAAAUUUCCACUAGCUAUUGCUUUUAUGUGCAUUGGGGAGUUGCCAACGUUUUCUACACGUGGUCACAUGGUAUACAUAUCACUGUAUCGUUCCAGUGGUAAGUUCCUAAGAGCUGUAUCCAACGGUGCCUUUUGGCGCAUGCGCUUUUCUUCAACGGAUAUGAGAUAGAGAUUCCGAAAGUGACUUCAACAUGGCCUUCAAAUUAUAUUUUGAGACUACAUGUUUGUUGUGCAAAGUACACGAGCUAAGUAGAAUCGCAGCAAACCUUUGAAAUGGAGCGUUAUGAAAGACGGGAAUAUUUAGAAACGUAGCAGAUUUUCGGUGCGUUUUGUUGGCAUGGGAUAUGAGUAGUUAUUAAAGAUACAUAUAGAUACGCAAUAAAUAAUCAUCACUAUAAUAAAUUAAACAAUCAAAUGUUUUUAGGUUAGGCUAUAUGGCCUAUAUUAUCUGCGGGUGUCAAGCGAUUAAAAUCAGCAAAACGUUUGUUAUCUCUAUCGGAAUAAAGACGCUUUUCAAGCACUUUUUGCUCUUUGGACAAUACUUUAAAUUCUAGAAUAAAAACCUCUCAUCGGUAAAAUUGUAAAAUAAUUGAGCAUAUCAGAUGAUACUAACUUUUCGGUGAUUACAUAAAAACUUUGGAAUAUUCGAUCGAGUAGCUUGAAUUUAACUUUUCAGUGUGAAUUUGUAUGGUUGGUUGCAUUUUUAUUUGCCAUGACCGGUUAAAAUGUAUAGUGAAAUCAUAUGCAAAGUAUAUGCUAAAUCAAAUGGAGAAUUCGAAAUUAAACGUUUUGGAUUGUAUGCAGUGAGUAAUUUUUUCAUCAGUGGUGAAUGCAGAGGUUACUUGUUUAUAUUUUUACUUUAACUUGCCUUUGGUUUUCCCAUCAUUUUACUCCUGGUGGACUUUUGUAAACAAGAUGUUCAGUUUCAUUUUACACCUGUACAAAAUCUGUGUGCAAUAUAGCGUGUGCAAUAUGUAGAGAUAAUUGGAUCUUUCUGUGAUGCCCCUUUAACUAGUGCUGUGUUAUAGAACUACAAAUUUAAGGUUUAGUUUUAUUUUUAAAAGAUAUACGAUUUUUGUGUCAUUUUGUUUCAUAACCCCCUUUACAGGGUUUAACCUAACACACACACACUUUUCUUUUCUUUUUUAUUGUUGUUUUGUGUCGUUGUUUGUUUUACCCGUGUGAUUUUUUAAAUAGCUGUAUCUCAGUUGUCAGUAUUUACUUCCGUUAUACGAUUUUUGGAUUUUAUCAUAGAUCUUUCUUCUCCAGAAUAUAAAUAUGAAGGUAAACCAUAUUAUGAACAUGUGGGCGUGUUUAAAUUCAUGCACCUUUUUAUCUUUAAACUAUGAAUCUAUCACAAAAAAAAACAGCAAAAUAGACAACGUUCCUUGGUGAGUACGCCUAAUAAAUUUUGCACCAGAUAGUUAUAUAAACCGUUACGUAAAUAAAACCAGUUGUCGUUACAAAACAGAGAAACAUCUGACCCCAAGAUCACGAAGCGACCUGAGACUUUAGUGAAAAAUUCAAUCAUUCAUGUUGAUAUGUUUCCGCUCGCUAUUUUAGCUGAAAUUUAUUUUACAAUUAAACAUCGAGAAUUUAGGUUGUGAAACAAUAUUUUGACCUUGUUACGUAAGAAAUAACAAUUUUAAAAGUGAUUUGAAAUUUUGACUUAAGUCUGAGAUCGCUUCGUGAUCUCAGACUUAAGUCCAGCUGUUAAAGUCCACCUGUUAAAGGUUUCAGGGUAAUUGUAAUGUAACGGUAGUCUUGAAGAUUGUAUCCAUUGUCGUAUGUGGUUAUCUUAUACUGUAAUAAAACAAAGAGACUGUAAAGCAAAGCAACAGUAUAAAAUAUGUAAUUCACCAUAAUUUUGUUAGUUUCCCAUUUUUUUUUUGUUUUUUUUAGUCAUUUCACGUUUUUCCUAUUUAUUUUUCUGGAUAUGUGAUGCUGUUGUUUGAAGGUACCAUUAUUUUCACAGAAUAAAGAUCUUGCG